AUGAACGUAGACGUCAUCAACAUCAUCGACAACGACAACGACAAUGAUAACGAUCACAUCAACAAGACCCAAGCGAAGUCGCUCGACUGCGCAAAGAAGAGACGGCGAGUCGGCGGUGGCGGUGUGGAAGAAGAGCAGGCCAAGCUGCCGAGGAGGUGGAAGCGAUCGCAGGUGCCUGGUACCGUGACCGCCGUGACCCCCGCCAAGGCCUACAUGCCCCACGCCACGACAGCGCUACACGCCUGCAGCGCCAGCACGAGCCGAGCCGGGGCCAAAAAGAGGAAGGCCACCAGGCGACAGCUCCCCAAAAGGCGGGCCAGGCGAUCCGCCUCGCCGACGGACGUGGGCCUCUCGUCGUGGUCCACCGCCACUCUGGUCUUCCACCACCUCCAGGUCAACCCGCAGGGCUGCUUCGUCGAUGUCUUCGAGCGAACGUCGUUCCCCCGAUGA